GACUUUGUUGUUUUUGCUGUUGGAUUUAAAGACCGUUUUAGAGCGUUUGUUACUAAUAUUCAAACAAUUAUGUUAUACCUCAAAUGUUCUUUUUUUUGAAAGAUUAUGUUAUGCCCAAAAGUUUUAACAACUGACUCGUUUAAGAACAAUGACACGUGUCCUGUUUUGAUUCAAAGAAGACACUGGCACCUUUACCUGGCUCUUGUUGCCACAAACUGAGACUGAGCUCAUGGUGCUAAAAUGAUAAAUCAUGCUUGUUUUUUUAAUGAACUGUUUAGACAAGUGUUGGCAGACAAAUUUCCAAACCGGUAUGCUGUUUGUCAAGCAAUGACAUGCUCGCAGAUGUCUUGCUCACAAAAGUUGUAUUUAAAGUUCAGCAAAUAAUCUCGUUGCGUCUUGCUUUUUUGUGUUUUUAAAACCUGAUCACUUUUACAUUGGAAUCAUGUCUGCAUCCAUGCUUCCCAAAAGUUGUGAAAUCAUUUCAUAAGUGCGUUCCUCUUUAGAAAUGAUCAUGAGUGGAAUACUGGAACAUGUCUGUACAUGAAGGCAGAAGAUGAUUUUAUAUAGUUUGUUUACUCAAAUUCCCCCUUGCAUCAUUUAUGGUUUUUAAUGUACUGUUAUCGUCACAAAGGUUCUGCUUUGUCAGCAGUGUGUUCUUUUAAAAGGUUAUCAGUCCAUCAUCAACAGAAGUGCUUGUGCUUGUGAAAGUUUAGUGCAGUGUAACUGGGUUAAAUUCCAUGUUACAUGAGGAAACGAAUAAGGGGGACGGUAAAAUGCACAUUUGCAUAUGCUUUUGUGGUUUAAAGCUGGUUUGCACCGUUCAAAGUAACCAGUGUUUUGUUUUGCAUCUAUAUUGCUUCUGCCACUUACCUAAUAAUGAUAAGCAUUGGAAUUUGGACCUUUCAUACAUGCCGUAUAUAAAGAUAUAUUCAAAGCAUUUAUCUACAGCAUUUGAUAGAACUGCCAUACUCAACAAUGCAGGUAUAAAGACGCCUGCUGUUCUUAGAAGGAAAUGAAUCGUUCUUUUUGAACAGAUUAAAGUGAUGAUGGGGAGGCCGGUCUUGGGACAUCCUCCUAUUUCAUACCACCUCUAGUAGCUGACAAUGCUGUGGUGGUUUGGUUAGUGACAAGCUGUGAGCGCUUUUAGACGACCUGCUUUCACCUCUCCACACUGCAGAAAAGGGAAGGACAUGAAUGCGUCUUUUCCAGAGCUCUCCUGUUUGAGCCCCAACAACACUGAUGACUUCAAACACCAAGUGUAUCCUGCAGCAUACAUUCUCAUUUUUGUCCUGGGACUCGCCGGUCACGCUUUAUCGGUCUGCAUCUUCUUCAGCCAAUGGAGGACCCAGAAGAGUUUCACUCCAGUCAACUUGUUAAUGGUGAACCUGUUGGUCUCAGACCUAAUGCUGGUGUCUUCUCUGCCCCUGAGAGUCUCGUACUACAUACUGAACUCUCACUGGAUCUUUGGUCACAUCACCUGUAAACUCAUAUCAUAUGUCUAUUAUCUGAAUAUGUACAGCUCUGUGUAUUUCCUAGUGGCCCUCAACAUCUUGCGUUACCUGGCGCUGGUGCGACCGUACAUGUACAUGCGCAUACAGAGGCACUACGUCGCAGGUAUCGUGUGUGCUCUCAUUUGGCUCUUGAUGGGUUUAGGCUGCAGUCCGCUGUUGUUCACUAAGAAAAAAGAUAAAGACAAAGACAGUUUUCGGUGUUUGGAGCUGGCAGAAGACAAUGUGGAUCAAUUGCUCCUUAUCAACAAUGUUACAUUUCCGGUGGGCUUUGUGUUGCCUUUGGUGGUUAUCAUUUUCUCCUCGGUCUUGGUUGCGAGGAACCUUCUGAGGCCUAGUCCUGCUCUCGGUAGGACCAGACCUUGCAGGAAGAAGGCUUGUGCUCUGGUCAUCAUCAGCCUUGGGAUCUUUCUGGUGUGCUUUUUGCCAUAUCACGUAGUGCGGACAAUCUUCUUAAUCACAGAGAAACAGGUCCAGAAGCAUACAUACAAAGACUCAUGUGACUAUAUUUUGGUAGUCCGGAAGGCUGCCGUCAUAGCGCAUUGCUUGUGCACGGCUAACAGUUGUCUGGAUCCUGUCCUCUUCUUCUUUGUUGGGGAAAAUUCCCGAUCGGUCUUUGCUAAAUGGACAGGAGGAAAAAAACCCAGCGCUUGCACUGUAGGGAGAAAUCUACAGCAGGAAGAGUUGCAUGUUUUGCAGAACUGAAUGGAAAUGGCUCAAUAGAUAACAAAGAACAGACCAGAAGUACCUCAUUCUUUGGUGUGCUUCUUAAAUACAAAAGAUGAAAAGGUCAUGUUUGGCUGGCCGGCCUUGUUUACACUGGGUUUAGUACAAGUUAGGAACAAUCAACAAAGUUUUGAUUUCUGCAAAUUAAUUUUGUUCCAUCUUUUUCUUUAAAAAGGCAAAAAUUUUGGUUGCAAUUAGGCAGUUAUGAUCAAUCUGAAUGGGGCUAAUCUGUAAACAUUAACUAGACUAGUAUGCGUGCUAACAGUAUUUUUACAGACAAAAAUAAACCUUUUCUGUUUAAUUUUGUAACUUUGUCCCAAUGAGAGCGCAACACAAUUAAAAUAGGUUUAAGUAGAUAACUAAUGGCUGCCUGGUUGCACAGACAAAGUUUAAG